UCAACAUGUGCGAAGGUAAUGCAGCUCAAAACAGUGAUACUUUCUAUCUGGAUGCAUUCUCCAAUUCCACAACUGACCCCCAAUGUAUUUGCUUACUACAAGUACAGGGGGCGGCUGAGAUUGGCUUUCAGCAAAAUAUUAUUUCUGGAGAUCCAUGCGUGUCUACGUUAACUUUGUACAGCGAAAUGACAAAGGAUCACGCGUUUGCGUGUCGCACCGACGGUUCAGCAAUAAAUGUCACAACAAACUUCACCACGAUGAUGUUGGAACUGAAGACGUCGACGUUGAGUCAAGAGUCUGCGUACUGUUUACAGGUUUCCAAGAAAGGAGGAGCAGGAACACUCCAAUUACAAUGCAUUAAGCCAGCUGUCAAAAGUACUCCUACGCCUACUCCGACUACGACUCCUACUACACCUACUCCUACACCUACUCCCACUCCAACACAUACACCUACUCCAACUCCAAUACCUACUCCUACACCUACUCCCACUCCUACACCUACACCUACUCCUACACCUACUCCUACUCCAACUCCAACACAUACACCUACUCCUACACCUACUCCUACUCCGACUCCGACUCCAACAAUGUCGACAACCACGAAAACAUCAGUAGCAGGAAGUUCGGACAGGUUUCCAGUUGAAGUAGUUGCAAUCAGCGUCGUGGCUGCAGUUCUGUUGAUUGUGGUUCUUAUUUGCGCAGUUUGUUGUGGCAUAAGGUAAGAAACCAGAUGAAUGAAUGAAGGAAAGAAGGAAUUAAUCGAUAGAUAGACUAACAGACAGAAAGACAGA